AUGGAUUUCCAUUAUGACAUUGAUUUUAUUUUUCCAAAUGAUGAGCCUUCAUUUGACUCAUCUUCUGAUGAUGAUGAGUUGGAACUUACUUUAGCUAUUGCCAUAGAAGAAUUAAACAAUGAAGGAGCAUCAACAUCACGUCGUCGUUCAGUUCAACCUCACAAGUUUAUCUGGCGUAAUCCUUUGCAAGUUCAUGACAGGCUUUUCCAUAAUUAUUUUGCUAAAACACCAGUGUAUCCUCCUAAUGUAUUUCAAAGGAGGUUUCGAAUGAGUCGUUCUCUUAUUCUACGUAUCCAUUCAAGAGUUGAAGUUACUGAACCAUACUUUGUUCAAAAAAGAAAUACGGCUAACACACUUGGGUUAUCUUCCCUUCAAAAGAUGACCGCUACAAUCAGAAUGCUUGCAUAUAGAGUGUCUCACAAUGACAUCAAUGUCCUAGAGCGGUCUUCUAUAUUUUUUGAGCUUGCUGAAGGGCGUGCUCCUCUGGUUAAUUAUUUGAUAAAUGGUAAUGACUAUUCGAUGGAGUACUAUCUUGCAGAUGGUAUAUAUCCAUCAUGGGCAACAUUUGUCAAAACAAUUCCAACACCAAAAGACUGUAAAAGACAACAUUUUGCUUCCGCACAAGAGGCGGCCAGGAAGGAUGUCGAACAUGCAUUUGGAGUACUUCAACAUAAUAUGAUUGUUGAAGAUGAGCGACAUACUUACCUUGGAGCAAAUGACUUCGAUUAUGAUCAAAUCGAUGAUAAUGGACCCGAACUGGUGUCACAUAAUCCCACUUGUAACCUUAUACAGUUCAUUGAACAUCAUAAUUCCAUUAAGGAUAGAGGAAUUCAAUCUCAACUUCAAGUGGAUUUCGUCGAGGAUCUAUGGCAACUACAAGGCCAGUCAUUGGAAUUUGGAAUUCUAAAUUUCUAA